GUCACUUGUUAGCAGAACUGUAGCAAUCUUUACUCUUUUCAGGCCCUCAAGAAUGCGGAGACCAACUGCAGCUCGGGGUUGAGCUCGCAAGGCGCAACUGCAACACCCAACCUCCUUAAAAUGAUGCGCAUAGACUCAAUCAGUCUUUUAGUGGCCCUUAUAGCAUUUGUGUGUGCUGCUCCGUGCCAAGGCGCUCGGCACGCCUGGCGCGAAUGGCUCGGCGAGCCCUCGACGGACAGCGCUUUUCCAGGAUCGUAUGAGGACUAUUCCCGAGAGCAUCUAGAUUUUAUUUCUCGUGACUUGCUGCAAGCGGGCGAAGCCUCGAGUGUCAAGGGAGCAGCAUCAGAACUGCUUCCGAAGACGUGUGAAGAUAUCUAUGUGAACAAUCCAAAGGCUAAGGACACGGGCAGCUGCUCGCUACAGAAGACGCUGCCGUUCGUGGGGCCCAUCAGCACGUGGGAUGACGUGAGGGCAAUGCUCAAGGCGCGCAGCCACAACAGCGAGAUCAUCAUCACCACUGAGACGCGCAUCGACCAGGCGGCGCAGUGGAGCUGGCGGCAGCUGCGCAUGGGCUACGCGCACACGGUGGUCAUCAUGCGCGGCGAGCACAGCUGCAAGGCGCUCAGGGCCAUCCUGGGCGCCUACACGGGCUGCGUGUGGUUCGACCAGGAGGCCAUGGACACUGACACGCUCAUGUUGGACGACUUCUACUUCUGGAUGAACACGCCAGACUACAAGGACUACCAGCUGCUGUCCCAGGUGGACGGCAUGGGCACACUCAAUAUAGGCUUCAUGUACGCGCGCGGCGCCUCCCCAUCUGGCCCGGUGACCUGGUCCCUGGCUGAGGCGCUGCUGCGCAACAUCCGCUGGCGCGAGCAGCCGGCGGUGGUGGCGGCCUUCAACGGCUCCAUGGCCUACUGCUGGGACCAGUCCGUUCUGACUGACACCGUGUACAGCGCACUGGUGGGCAGGCCCGUGUUCUGGAGGUGCCUGGACAUAAGGCCGCUGGACCGGAUGUGGAACCUCCGGGAGGACGGCCUCAAGGCGUUCCAGGCCGCCCACGCAGCGCUGAUUGGGCCGGCGCUGCGCACGCGCCGCUUCUCCAUGGAGCGGCCCGGGCCCGCCUGCCACUGGCACACGUCGGGGCCGGAGGGGCUCAAGAACCAGGAGGGGCUGAUGCGCCUGCCGCACUUCGGCGGCCAGUGGCCGGAGGCGUUGGGCGGCAGGGCUCUGGGCGAGCUGACGCCUGUGGCGCGCGCCUUCCUGGCCAUGCUGGCGGAGGCGGGCACACCCAUGUGGCCCGACCUGGAGGACCCCGGCACACAGGCCGCGGCGGCCGCAGUGCCCAGUGAGAAGUUCUCCUACUUCUCCGCCCACAUCGUGUGCGACUGGAGCGGCUGCGGCAUGAACGGCAUGUUCCUGCCGCAGAUGAGGCCCAACGGCACGGAGCCGUGCAACGUGGCCGGCCACUUCGUGGUGUCCCCCGACAAGCCCAUGGGCAAACGCUUCCAGCUGCUGCACAACGGCGCCUUCAGCUUCCCGCUGGCGCACCUGCUGCACGGCCCCGGCGGCGCCUACUUCGCCACCAAUGUGCAUGCGGGCGGCGGCGGCGGCGGCGCACACCACGCCGCGCGCGCCGGGGCGGGGCUGCACCACAGCCGACUGGGGCAGCACGUGCCGCUGCCGCGCGUGAUCGCCCUGGCGCCCGGUGUGGUGAGCCGCACGCCCACCGCCGCCGGCGAGCCACCCGGCGCCCUGGUGCUGGCCGGCAAGCCGCAGCUGGUGGAGCUGGUGGCGGCGCUGAGCACUGUGGCGGUGGCGGCGGGGCGCACCCUGGCGGUGCCGCAGCUGUCUUGCGACUUCCCAUGGAUGCACCGCGGCGGCGCCUUCCCCUACAACGGCUCGCACUACGUGCCCUGGCGCUACCUCAACGGCGGCGCCUUCGCGCCCUACGGCCCCUCCAUCUCCAACAUGAGCUGCGAGUGGUUCGCCUGGGUGCAGCACGGCUGCCUGCACGGCCCGCUGCACACGGAGCGGCGCGCACACGGGCACGGCGACAACCACGUCGCGGCGCGCAUGCUGCUGUCCAUAGAGAUGGAGCACUUCCUGGAACAGCUGCACCCGGAGGCGCGCGCCCUGCGGCCGGGGCCCGGGGGCAACGUGUUGACCCUGCCGGCCGAGGCGGCGGCGGCGGCGGCAGGUCCGGACGGCGUGUUGAAUGUGACCAGCGCGCAGCUGGGGGAGGCGCUGAAGGGCGUUGCGGCCGAGGCGCCGGUGGUGUGGAUGACCAAGCCCAUGCGGGUGACCGACCUGUCCGGCACUGCAUCGGCUGCGCACCAGCAGUGGAUGAACCACUGCUGCGGCCUCAUCUGGCCGCACGGCUUCAACCGCAUCUGCUUCUGGGAGUUCUGAUCCGCAUGCAUGCGUGCGAGUGGCGAUGUGUGUGAUCAUCAAGUCGGGGCAGUGACCCACCGACCCGCUGGGAGGGCCCCGGGUCGCAGCGGGGUGUGUGCGCCCUCGCCGGCCUGUGACGGGUGCUGGGUGGCUGGGCUGCGAGCGGUGGCAUGUGUGGGCAGGCCAAUGGGCAGCUUUGCAAGGGGGCGAUUUUGACUGUUGGGCCCGAGCAGAGAUGUGUGUGCUUAGCAGCGUAGGUGUGAGACAGCUGGUCAUGCAUGUGAAUGCCGAGCAGUGGGGCAGCGUGGAAUGUGCAGUUAUGUGCUCCACGCUGGAUGGGUGAGGUGACGAAUUGACGAUGCGUGGGGCCGUUGGCGUGUAACGCUCGAACGCC